UCCCUCUACGUCCUCCGCACAAAAUGUCCGCCACCCCUCCUAGACCCGCCGAGGGGCCCUCGCAAAGCAGCUGGCUGCCAGCAAAAUCAUGGCAUCACUUCGUUGCUGGCGGACUCGGCGGGAUGUGUGGGGCAAUCGUGACGAGCCCGUUCGACGUGGUAAAAACGCGUCUACAGUCAGACCUUUUCAAGGUGAAAGCGUCCACUGUUAGCUUAGCGGGAAACGGUACGGCGGCGGUAGUCGGACCACGGCCCAAUCUGCUAUGGCACUUUGUCGAGACUGGUCAUAUCCUACGCGAUAUCUACCGCGACGAGUCUCCACGCGCACUCUUCAAGGGCCUCGGGCCAACGCUCGUUGGCGUCGUCCCCGCGCGCUCCAUCAACUUCUUCACCUACGGCAACGGCAAGCAGAUCAUAGCCAAUCGCUUCAAUAACGGCGAAGAGAACUCAUGGGUUCACCUUACCGCCGCCGCCUUUGCUGGCAUCGCUACGGGCACCGCAACAAAUCCUAUCUGGGUCGUCAAGACGCGUCUUCAACUGGACGCGCACCGACCAGCGGCCAUACCAGCUGGGCAGUCAUUCUUUGGCGGGUCGAUCACGAUGUUCAAGAAAAUCUUGCGGGAGGAGGGCGUCCGAGGGUUCUACAAGGGUCUCAGUGCCAGCUAUCUGGGUGUGACGGAAGGGACGAUCCAGUGGGUGCUGUAUGAGCGACUGAAGGCGCUAACAGCUGGUACGGAAGGGAAGGGUGGAGUACAGGAGUGGUUUGGUAUGCUGGGGAGUGCAGGCACGGCCAAGUGUGUCGCGUCUCUCAUCACAUAUCCUCAUGAGGUCAUCCGAACGCGGCUACGACAACCACUCGUCGACGGCAAGAUGAAAUACACCGGCCUCGUCCAGACCCUCCGACUGGUCAUCGCAGAAGAGGGCGCGCGCUCUUUAUACGGCGGGCUCAGCGCACAUCUCAUGCGCGUCAUCCCCAAUGCUGCAGUGAUGUACUCCAUCUAUGAGGCUGUCCUGCGCAUGUCGUGAUCCCCCCUCUCUCCCUUCCUAUGAUUCCGGGUAUAAUUCUCAUGCACACGCUAUCGACUGAACUGUAUCCCCAAGUAUAAUGCGCCUCCACCCCUCACUCAGCUUUAUUACUUACCUUACUCACAACUCAUGUAUCAUUAUUGCACGGGAUAUCCGCUUAGUAUGCUCUAGAGUAGUCCGCGUUCACUGUAUAAUAUCAUUGGACAUUCGCCGCAAUGGUUUAG